GAUUAUUUCAACUACGUCCAUGGAACCAGGAAUCAGUCUCAGCAAGGCUGAUAUUGUUGAGAAUAUAUUUCUAUGUUUUGAGUCGGUGAAUGGGUCUUGCAAAAUAUCAAUCUUUCCUCCAACAAUACGAGUAUUACUUUAUCUCUUACUAGGCUCAAUGUCUGUUCUCACAGUGUGUGGCAACCUUCUUGUAAUCAUCCCCAUCAUUCACUUCAAACAGCUCCACACCCCAACCAACUACCUCAUCCUCUCUCUGGCUGUGUCAGACCUUCUCUUGGGGGUUUUAGUGAUGCCUCCCAGCAUGGUAUAUUCAGUGGAAAGCUGCUGGUAUUUUGGAGAUUUAUACUGUAAAAUCUACACCAGCACUGAUGUUAUGUUGAGCAAUACAUCCAUUCUCAACUUGUGUUUGAUUUCUAUUGAUAGGUAUUAUGCAGUGUGUCGCCCUCUCCUUUAUAGAACUAAAAUAACUGUUCAUGUUGUUCUGAUUAUGAUGCUGGUCAUCUGGACUGGUUCUGCUAUAGUAGUGUUUGGUAUAGUAUUUCUGGAGCUCAGUACUUGGGGCAUGGAGGAUUUUUACUAUAAUAAUGUUGCCUGUGAGGGAGAAUGUAUUUUCUUUCAAAACAAAGCAUCGAGUACUGCGUCUUUGGUUCUCUCAUUCUACAUCCCAGGAGUAGGGAUGCUUAGCAUCUACCUAAAGAUUUUCCUAGUAGCACAGAGACAGGCACGCUCAAUUCAGGGUACAACCAAUCAGAACUCUGUAGGCAAAUCACAGAGGAAGGCCACCAAAACACUUGCUAUCAUUAUGGGGGUAUUUCUAUCAUUCUGGACACCCUUUUUUGUCAUCAACAGCAUUGAUCAUUUUAUUAGUUACUCUACCCCACCCGUUUUGUUUGAAACACUUGUAUGGAUUGGCUAUUUUAAUUCAUCUAUUAAUCCCAUGGUGUAUGCAUUCUUUUACAGUUGGUUCAGGAGGGCGUUUAGAAUUAUAAUUUCUGGUCAAAUAUUUCAACCUGACUCUUCAGAAAUACAAUUGUUUUCAGAAUAAAUACAGUGAGCUCCAAAAGUAUUGAGACAGAGACACGUUUUGUUGUUUUGGCUCUGUUCUCCAGCACUUUGGAUUUGAAUUGUGAUUUCAUUUGAGGAUAUUUUGAUCCAUAUUGGGUGAAUUGUUUAGAAAUUACAGCUCUUUUUGUACAUAAUCCCCCCAUUUUAGUAAAACAAAAGUAUUUGAGCGAAUUCACCUUUGUGUGGAUUAAAGUAGUAAAAAGGUAGGUUUUUGUUCCCAUAUUCAUUGCACGCAACCCGCACGCAACAAUGACUACAUCCAGCUUGGGACUCUACAAAUUCUAUCAAUAGAAAUUAAUGGUAAAUAAUGUAUUGUGUAAUUUUGGUGUCACUUUUACUUUAAAUUAUGAGUGAGAAAGUUACAGACACACAAAUAUCAUACACCCAACACAUGCUAACCUCCCGUUAUUGUAAUAGUGCGAGGUUAGCAUGUCUUGAGGGUAUGAUAUUUGUGCGUUUAACUUUCUCACUCAUCAUUAUUCACAAUUCAUUCAGGAUUAUCUGUAAUCAUGAUAGCAUCCACAUUAAUGUAGAAGUGUUUAGAAACAGGCCUCCCGAGUGGCACAGCGGACUAAGGCACUGCAUCACAGUGCUUGAGGCAUCACAGUGCUUGAGGCGUCACUGCAGACCCGGGUUCGAUACAACCGGGGGACCCAUAGGACAGCGCACACCUCCCCCCGGGUUAGGGGAGGGUUUGCCCAGGGGGGAGCUUUACUUGGCUUAUCAAGCUCUAGUGACUGACUCUGGUCAUCAGUUGAACGGUGUUUCCUCCAACACAUUGGUGCAGCUGGCUUCUAGGUUAAGUGGACGGGUGUUAAGAAGCACGGUUUGGCAGGUCAUGUCAACCUUCGCCUCCCGAGCCCAUUGGGGAGUUGCAGCGAUGAGACAAGAUUGUAAUUGGGGAGAAAAAGGGAGUAAAAUAUAACCACAAAAUAAGUGUUUAGAAACAUAUUAUGUUAUUAUUUACAAUAAAACAUGACUCAAAAUGAGACAAUACAUUAUGUACCAUUCUAAUCUAAUGUGAAACACAAACCGAGAACAAAAAUGCAAAUGCUUCCAACAAAUGUGUAGAGUCACAAGCUGGAUGUAGUCAUUGUGUGCCAUGAAUAUGAGACCAAAAACAUAACUGUUAACUACUUUAAUACACAUAAGUGAAUUUGUCCCAAUACUUUGGAGCUCACUGUAUGUCUAAAAUCAAUACUGACAAAGAAGUGUGACAUGUGCCUUUGUUCUCAGUCCUUUAUUAAACCAUAUCAGACACAGGUGUGUAGGUUUAAAAAAAAAAAAAGUAUAAUCCAGUUGGCCCCAAAACAUGAAAUCAAUCCAUGUCAUCUAGUAGGAGUUAGUCUCUCCUCUCCCAUAUCUUAUACACACACACAGUACAUUUUUUGGGGAUCUCUGUGGAUGUCGUAUCCUUUCAGUUUUGUAUGAAUUGUUUUGUAACUCCAGCUGAAUGAUGUUGUCUAAAUGACAUGGUGAAAAUAUGU